AAAUGCUCUUUAAUUUCGGAUAUCUCUAAGAUCUGUAAAUCAUGCCGCGGUGAAUUAAGUGACAGAUAAAAGUAAUUAGUUGUGUGGAAUUAAAUGAAUAGUUGCAAUGCUCGAUAAUUUUUAAUGUGGGACGUGUUGAUAAAGUGAGGUCUGCCUUGUUGAUCCAGAAAUGGCAAAUAAAUCAGAUAAAAUGCCAGUAACUGAUACUGACAGUAAAAGUUCAGCUUAUUCUGAAGAUGAUGAUAACUUUUCGUGGCAGGAUUACUUGGCUGCUACAAAUUCAGUGGAAAUCCCACAUUCGCUUUUCACUCAUGUAGAGCUGAGCCUGCAGAGCGAGCUGCAGGAAGGCAUGCUGCUGGAGGUGGCUCACCGCAACGACCCCUCCCGCUACUGGGUGGCCUCCAUAGUGAUGGCUUGCGGCCCGCUGCUCAGCCUGAGGUACGUGGGCGGCGACAAGGGCCAGGACUUCUGGUGCGACGUGUCCAAGGUGCCCGUUCACCCUCUGGGCUGGUGCCACCAGAACGGCCUCACCCUCACCCCGCCCGACCCGCUGGUGGCCGGCCUGGCCGAUCCCCGCGGCACCCUGGAGGAGGCCGUCAAGCGGGCCCAGUCCGUCCCGCAGCACGUCAUCAGCGGCAAUGGAAUCACACCAGUGGAAAGGAUAAAGCAAGGAAUGAAGCUGGAAGUUCAAGAUAAGAAAGAUCCAUAUAAGCUGUGGAUGGCCACUGUUGUUGAGAAUGUUGGUGGACGAUUGCUGUUACAUUAUAUAACACCUGGAACUCCAGUGCCAGAUUUCUGGUUGUUUUAUACGUCAAGGAGGCUGUUCCAUUUGGGCUGGGCAGAGCAGCAAGGUUCACCGUGGUACCUGCAGUGGCCCAGCUGUCUGGACGCGAAGCACACUACAGACGAGUGGACCGUCAUUGUUGACGCAGCAAAAGAAGAGUCCUGUGACCAGUCUGGCUCGUCCGACCUUUUUCAGAAUCACCCUGUGCCCGAGAGUCAUCAGUUCCAAGAAGGCAUGAAGCUGGAAGCCAUCCACCCUCAGAACAUGGCAGAAUUCUGCCCCGCCACUGUGGUGCGAGUUUUUGACUCCACGUAUUUCCUCGUGCAGAUUGAUACUAUGUCUGCAAUGGAGACUGAUGACGACAGCUUGUAUUGGCUGUGCACGACUAACCAUCCAUACAUCUUUCCCUGUGGCUGGUCUCGGAAACACGGACUAAAGCUGACGCAUCCUUGCGGCUGGACCACGGACAAGGAGGAGUUUGACUGGCCGGAGUACCUGGUGGCCACUGACAGCCAGCCGGCGCCCGAUUCGUGCUUCCUUGCCCGCGAGAGCACCGAGGAGCUGGGGUUCCGACCCGCGAUGAAGCUGGAGGCCGUCAGUCCCGAGGACGAAAACCAGCUCUGCGCUGCGUCUGUUGUCAAAACCGUCAAUCAUUUGAUGUGGAUACACCUGGAAUGUAAUGAUGGGUGUCACCCAGAUCACGUGGUAAGUGGCGAUUCGUUGGAUGUAUUCCCUGUCGGAUGGUGUGAGAGCAACUCGUACCCCUUAAAGCCGCCUUGCAGCUUUCAGUUGCUGACUAAAGCUCGGGCAAAGGAAAAAGUGAUUAACCACAAAAAGGAAGAGAUGAACUGCGGGAAUGGGCAUGGGCAAGCGAAUGGAAACGGAAGCAGCUCCCAGCAGAAGUCGUCAUGGUGCCCCAAGAUAUUCUUCAACCACAAGUGUUUCUCGGGCCCUUUCCUCAGCAAGGGCAAGCUGGCGCAGCUGCCCAAAGCAGUCGGCCCGGGGCCAGUCACCCUCGUGAUGCGCGAGGUGCUGUCCAUGCUCAUCUCCGUGGCCUACAAGUCGAGCCGCGUGCUCAAGGAGCUCCAGUGCAACAGCAAGCCUCGCCCAGGCAUGCACCUCGAGGUUCUCAAGGCCAAGUAUUUAACCAACACUUACAGGGCAAGUGUUGCAUUAGUGACGUCGGCUGAUAAGGUCCCUGAAUUCUGCAAGACAGUGUGUAAGAAAUUGCAGGUAUGCCCUCACCUGUUUGGACCAACCUUAGUGGGAGAUGAAGGUUGUCCUGAAAACUGUAGCACCUUAUCGAAGACUCGCUUCACUACGUACUGGAUACAGUCGAAACGUAAACUUGGGCGUCCAAAAAGCGAAGCAACUAAUUUAUUGUACAAGUCUAGAAAAAAGAAAAAAUUCAAGCCUAUUGUCACUUCUACAACACAUGAUUCAGGCAGUGAAAGUGGCACCAACCAGUCGAAAAGUGUUUCCGUCUCGUCUUCGCAAGAACUUUGUAAAGAAGAUGACCUGUCCCCCAAGAAAAGGAAUAAACUGGUGAAGGAGCUGCCUGCAACUAGGAUGAAGACGAGGGGAGCAAAGCUACCCAACUUUGCUCUUCAGAUGAGGGCCGGCCAUUGGACUCGUAGGAAGUCCGAGUCCACCAGCAGCAUCGUGAACAGUAAAAGCAGCGCAGAUUCUCUGAACAGCAGCAGCAGCCCCACAGUGGCCGAAAAGAAGCCUGAGACUUGCCAAGAGCCAGUUCCAGUUGAAGCCAAAGUAGCUGCCCCGGCGAAGAAGGUUGUGAAGUGUGACGUGCAGAACGGACUGCAACUUGACUCAAAUCCAAUAUUCUGGAGCAAAGAAGACCUGUACGAGCAUUUGGUGAACACCAGUGACUGCUCUCACUUAGCAGAAAAAUGCAAAGACAUGCAUAUUGAUGGCCAUGCAUUCAUGCUGUUGAACUUCCCAAGUAUUAGAGAAAACAUGUUCAUGAAGACAUCAGAUGCUUUGAAACUUUGCCGCUACAUUGAGCAGUUUAAGUUUGCAUUUUAUACACAAUACAGACCUUUAAAUGUGUGAUAAUAACAUAGAAAAUCUAGCUGUGAUAUUGAAGAAUGAAUUUUCAAAAGUAAUUGUGUUGUGUUUGCAUAACAAAUUUUAUGUUGAACUUUAAGUUGAAAAGAUUAAAAAAGCUAUUCUUUUAGAAUAUUUUAAAACAAAAUAUGAAUUUAAUGUUUGAGAAACCACAGAUUAAAUUAUGAAAUAUAAAGAUGUUUUAAUAUAUAUAUCAGAAUUAAUUAAAUGUUAUGUGAUUAUUUACAUAAUUCAAUCAAAUAUUAGAGCAUUACUGAAGCAAUAUGUUGAUUAUAAUGCCCACAUAUAUUGCAACAGGCACAAUUAACAACAUACAUGGUUAGUCAUUUAAUUAAAGAAAGAAAGCAUGUUAGUGUUAAAAUCAUCACCUGUCUAAAAUUUUAUGAAAACAAUGUAUUAAUUUUUUUAAGCAUCCUAUAUGUUAUCCUAAGAAUAUUUUGGUCAUAAAGGAUAAAUAUAAUGCCUACCAGUUAAAAACUUAAUUUUAGUUGCACAUAUUGUAUUUUUCGGUUAGUAAGACAAGAAUUUCAAGCAAGUUUGGGCUUUUCGGGCUACUUUGCUCUAACCUUGGAUAGUUUUAGGAUUAUGCCAGUAUAUACACACACACACAUAUACAAAGUUCCCAUUCCUACAUUCACAUGAUUUCCUCAUGAAAUGCCACCGAAAGAUUCUAUUUUGUAAGGCUUGUUCAACUUUUCCACCAACAACUAAGUGAUCUCAUGUCUUAUAUGAAGGUGUAAAUUUAUUUUCUAGUUUUCAUUGCUGAAAAGCUAACCUCGCAUUAUAUGCCGGAAACUACUGUUUUAGCACAAUUGUCUCUUGUUAUGUCAUAAUCUGUUUUUGGGAGAAUAAAAUUAUGUUAGAAGUUUUGGAAUCCUGUAACAUGUUUAGCCCUAUUUUGUGUAGUCUAAGUUAAUUACCAGUGAAAUGGGAACUGGCAUUACAGAUUUCUGGUUAGUAAGAGUAAAUUAAAUGCAUGGAUGCAAUUUUGAAAUUGUUUGCAUCAGUGCUUUGUGUAUUCUGUAUUUGGUAAAUACUUGCUGCUGUUGCCAAUAAAAUUCCUGUAUGAAGGAUAUACGGUAGCUACUCCCAAGAAUCAAGUAAAUAUAUUUUAGAAUAAACUGUCGGUUACAUCUACUUUUUUAAAUCUAAACAUUUGUAGGUUACUUGCUGUCUAUGUACUCGGCAUGCUUACGAUACACACUUCUCACCGACUGUCAAUCCAACUGUGAAGUGCGUACUGCUUGCAGUCUGCCAAAUACACUUCUCGAUGAAGAUAGUGGCAAACAGAAAUUAACUUAUGAAAGCUAGCUAAACUCGUUAAAUGUACAAUUUAAUUUUUAAACUAAACUAAAUAUUAUCAGAUACCAGUAUUUAAAAUAGUAAUGGUUUCAACAUACAAUUAUGCUGGUAAUCCUUUAGCGUUUAGCCCCAUAUUUUUACUUGCAUUAUAACAUUUUCUUUAUAAUUUUUGUGACUAAGCAGUGACUGAAUUUUAAUACGCCAUAAACAAACAGCAUGCUAUCUGUUGAGAAAUUAAACUGCUGAUCACACGAGCCAAGUAUUGAUUUUUAAAGGCAACGAUGCUAACGCAUGCAUGGAAACAUAACCAGUAUCAAGUUCAAAGAAAUAAAUCACCACAGAUAUUUAUGGAACUAGAUAUAGUUUGUGUAGUUAUUUUGACUUUCAGAUGUGAAAAAAAAAUCAACCUAAAUCAAAUCUUUGUGGAUGUACAGUCCAAUUUUCUUUCAAACUAAUCCUAAUGACUAGCCAUAUUGAUUGUAAUACAAAUAUAACGAAGAAUCAUUUCGUAAUAUUAUAUUCACAAUGUUGCAUAGAAAUAUGCAUACAUUAUUUAUUUUUUUCUUUAUUUAUUGUACUUUCUACACACAAAGUAAUUUACACUGGUACACCAAAUAUGCAAUAAUAUGAAGUGAUGAGUUGAAUUCACUUUUUAUGAAAUCCAAAUAUCAAAUUUUAGUUUUAAAAAGAGUGCCUUCGGCCAAGAGUCAGGAAUAAAAUAACAAGUGAGCAAAAACAAAGUUAUGAAGAAACAUUCAACCCAUGAUUUUUUUUUCUCAAAAUAAAAAGAAAGGAUUGAAGACAUAAACAAUUUCUUAAUGUCAAAAUUGUUCCUUGAAGUGCCAAAGAAACGUUCCCAGAGAAUUGUGGCUGGUGGCAGAUACAAAACAUUUCUUUCAUAGCUUUUGUACAGAUAAAUAAUGUUCUUGUCAACUACGUGGGUACUAUUGUGUGAAUUUAUAAAAUUCUCUGUCUCAAAUAUUUUCCCCAUACAUCAAAUAUUUUGAACACUAAAUACCUAUUUUAUGGUAAUUGAAGAUUAUGAUUGGCCCAUCGUUACAAAUAACUUUGUCAGUGAUGUCUUGAAUCUUUAUGGGCUAGCACUAAAUAUUAAACACAAAAUCUUGGAUAUUAUCAUCUCAAAUAUGUUUUGUGUAAUAUAUUAUGUCUAUCACAAUGCCAAAAAUUGAUUGGUGAUUGUGAUGUCAGUGUAGGUGUGUGGAUGUCAUUAAGUAAUGCAAUAUUUUAUUUACCAAAUAAACUGUAAAUAGUACUGAAUAGUUAUAAUUUGUGUGCAUUUAAAUUGGGAUAAGCAUGAAUUGAAAAAAUGCAAAAUUCAUGGAGCAUAUCGUACACCGAGAAUAAUAGGGCCACAUCUAAAAAAAAAAAAAUUUUUUUUACAUUUUUGUAUAGUUGUAAUGUCUAUGGCCAUAUCUAUUCGGUAUAACAAUGUAGUACAAUAAAUAUUCACCUGAGAUGAGAUAUGUCAUAUUUUAAAUUUGUAAAACAGAAAUCAGAAUAAUACAGCCACAUGUUGACAUGCGGCCUUAUUAUUCGUACAGCUGAGGGUGGGUUGGAAUAUACCAUGGCCAUAUUUUGACUUGUGCCAUAGAAACAGUGCCGACAUUAUGCACUUCGUGAUUGCUGAGGCUAAGAAUAAACUUUCAUUUAUUCACUUUCCUGUAAAAUUUAGUUUUUUUGAGAUGUGGCCCUAUUAUUCUCGGUGUGCGAUAUUUUCAUGAAAAAAUAUCCUGUGAUAAUUUUUUUGGUUUUUAAGUUAAGUGUCUUCAAACAUGUGACCUAGUGUAAAAAAAAAUAUAUAUAUAUAUAAUUGGUUUCACUGUGGUGUAAUUUUUACCUGUCAACUGAUACAAAUUACUUUAUUUUAUUUGUUUAGUUUGUUUUACAUAUACUAAGUCUAAAUGAAAGUAAUCUACAAAAGUUACAUUUAAGGAAAGGAAAAAAACAAAUUCUAAUAUACUCUUUUAUGAAACUUGCUAGAAAUUAUCAUACAAAUAUUAAUUUUCAUAUUAUUUUUAUAAAAAGUACAAACUCAGUUUUAUCUUUAUAAAAAAAAUCACAUAUUUGCACAAACUUAAAUGAACAAAUUUUUGUUAGUAAUUUUUUAAGCACACUAGAUUUCACUAUAUAAAAAUUCUCAUGUAUAUGUACAGUUUUGUAAAUAUUUGUAUCCAAAGCACUAUCAAUGUUUUAAAAGACUAUCAAAUAUUGUGGCUAUAUCAAUAAAGUUUGUGUUGACCUUGCUUCCCAUAGAUGUUAAGCAGCUCCUUGUAAAAGACCUGUGUCAUUUAUAUGUAAUUUUAACAUUUCUGUACAAUUUCUGUGUAUUCUACUUAAAAUAUUGAGUUCCUAAUAAUGUAAUAAUUUAUGUUACAAGCAACUUUUGUACUUUAGAAGGGAUAUAAAAAUUUUGUUAUGUCAUGUAAGAACAGUUUGAUUGCCACCGUAUUUCUACUUACUGCAAUAAACCACAUUUACUAAA